GGCGAGGCCUGGCCGCGCUACUGCCUGGUAGGCAAAGGCCGCAGAGGCUGUGGAAGCGGAGGAGAGACAGCUCAGAGCCAUGGCGGCGGUGGUGGCGGCGGCGACAGUGCGGUCCCGGAUCCUGCAGGUUUCUUCCAAGGUACACUCCACCUGGUAUCCAACAUCCUCCUUCUCUUCUUCAGUGCCAACUGUAAAACUCUUCAUUGAUGGCAAAUUUGUUGAAUCCAAAAGUGAUAAAUGGAUUGACAUCCACAACCCAGCCACUAAUGAGGUUAUUGGUCGGGUCCCUCAGUCCACCAAGGCUGAAAUGGAUGCAGCCGUUGCUUCCUGCAAGCGUGCUUUCCCUGCAUGGGCAGACACAUCAGUGUUGAGCCGGCAGCAGGUCCUGCUCCGCUAUCAACAACUUAUUAAAGAAAACUUGAAAGAAAUUGCCAAGUUAAUCACAUUGGAACAAGGGAAGACCCUAGCUGAUGCUGAAGGAGAUGUAUUCCGAGGCCUUCAGGUGGUCGAGCAUGCCUGUAGUGUGACAUCCCUCAUGCUGGGAGAAACUAUGCCAUCCAUCACCAAAGACAUGGACCUUUAUUCCUAUCGUCUGCCCCUGGGAGUGUGUGCAGGCAUUGCUCCAUUUAAUUUUCCUGCCAUGAUCCCCCUUUGGAUGUUUCCCAUGGCCAUGGUUUGUGGGAAUACUUUCCUAAUGAAACCAUCAGAGCGAGUCCCUGGAGCAACUAUGCUUCUUGCUAAGCUGCUUCAGGAUUCUGGUGCCCCUGAUGGAACACUGAACAUCAUCCAUGGACAACAUGAAGCUGUAAAUUUUAUUUGUGAUCAUCCGGACAUCAAAGCAAUCAGCUUUGUGGGAUCCAACCAGGCAGGAGAGUAUAUCUUUGAGAGAGGAUCAAGACAUGGCAAGAGGGUUCAAGCCAACAUGGGAGCCAAAAACCAUGGGGUAGUCAUGCCAGAUGCCAACAAGGAAAAUACCCUGAACCAGCUGGUUGGGGCAGCAUUUGGAGCUGCUGGUCAGCGCUGCAUGGCUCUUUCAACAGCAAUCCUUGUGGGAGAGGCUAAGAAGUGGCUUCCAGAGCUGGUGGAGCGUGCCAAAAAGCUGAGGGUCAAUGCAGGAGACCAGCCUGGAGCUGAUCUUGGCCCUCUGAUCACUCCCCAGGCCAAAGAGCGAGUCUGUAAUCUGAUUGAUAGUGGAACAAAGGAGGGAGCUUCCAUCCUUCUGGAUGGGCGAAAAAUUAAAGUGAAAGGUUAUGAAAAUGGUAACUUUGUUGGACCAACCAUCAUCUCAAAUGUCAAGCCAAAUAUGACCUGUUACAAAGAAGAGAUUUUUGGUCCAGUUCUUGUGGUUCUGGAAACAGAAACAUUAGAUGAAGCCAUCAAAAUCGUAAACGACAACCCUUAUGGAAAUGGAACUGCCAUCUUCACCACCAAUGGAGCCACUGCUCGGAAAUAUUCCCACCUGGUCGAUGUUGGACAGGUGGGAGUGAAUGUCCCUAUUCCAGUGCCUUUGCCAAUGUUCUCAUUCACUGGUUCUCGAUCAUCUUUCAGGGGAGACACCAAUUUCUAUGGCAAACAGGGCAUCCAGUUCUACACUCAGCUAAAGACCAUCACUUCUCAGUGGAAAGAAGAAGAUGCUACUCUUUCCUCACCUGCUGUAGUCAUGCCUACCAUGGGCCGUUAGAACUAAGUUUCUCCAAGACUCAGUCAUCCUGAGAAAUCUCCCUCCACUCUUGACCAACUUCAUUUGUCAACUUUGCUCAGAUAAGAUGCUUGGGAUUAGAAUAUGUUGUUGUUCAACUCUUUCUCAGGACUCUUGGCCCCUUCAAAUUUGCUGUAGGGAGACCCCUAAUGUACCACUAACUUGCUCUUCUUAUUUCUGCUUUGAAGGCAACUCUUGUAACUAUAAUGCUUAUCUGGAAUAAGAACUUAGUUAGAUCUGUUUUCUAAAACAUUUUCCCCUUUUUUUAAUGACCUGAAGGAGGGUAAAGUCAGUGUAUGUAUAGAUCAUCUUCCAAUAAUUGGAAGAAGAACCCUUGGAUGAGAAAACAGGACAGAACUAGUUCAUGAACCUCUGGUGGAGCCUUAAACACAGCCCUUCAUCAGUGCCAGUGGGCAAAACCCCUCUGCCAAGUUUUCCCGAGCUGCUUGCCCAUUCCCUCACUACAUAGGUAUAAUCCAUUUCUAUUUAUCCCAACAAUGUGAUCACUGCUUUCUUUUCUGCUCAAUGCCACUUUGUUGUCCCUGUGAUUCAUGACCACUAAUUCUAUAAUUGUUUUGGUUCCUGCUUCUUAAAAUCAAUUC